AAUAUGCUAAUUCGAUUCAAGAGAAUCAUCUUCAUAAGCCUACAGUGUUCUGUACGAUGUAAUUAAUGCAAGUUCCAAAAGUAUAUAAACCGAAAGAGUUCUUCAUCGGGCAUAGUACAGCAAAUCGUACACAAUGCUUAAAGCGAUUAUUUUCACCAUUUUUGUUGCCAUGGCUUUGGCCGCCGAGGAGAAGGCAGCCGAAGCACCGAAACAAGACGCGCCAGCAACCCCUUACAACCCGUACCACUUUGGAUUUGGUUACAAUCCCUAUAGUAAUCUUGGAUACGGUGGAUAUGCGGGUUAUCGCGGUUACAACUACAACCCCUACAGCUACAAUCCCUACGGCUACAACCCCUACAGUUACAAUCCGUACUUCAGCAACUACAACCGUUUUGGCUAUUAAACUGUCUGUGUGUUUUCCAAGGUUUAAAACGAUUAAACAUUUUAAAAGAAA